AACGGUUGCGAAACAAUGCGAAUGGGCCAUUUUGAUAGAAUGAUUAGCCAUUUGGAUUGUCUCUGGGUAACUUCCCCCGUUGAAGCUAACUUUUAUAGACUAGCUUAUACGAGACAAGGAAGAGAACCAAACUGUUGUUUUCAUAACAAGAAAAGAUUGCAUUUUCCAAAAAGUACUUUUCGUUUGCAGAUUCGGUGCCAAGUUGACGAGAAAAAGUUGGGCCUGACUCCAGAGCUUGCAAGGCUAGUUAAAAGCUUUGCGGCAGCUCCGGACCCCAAACUAAGAGUUCAGCAGCUACUUUAUUUAGCGCAGACUUUAGAGCCGCUGCCUUUCCAGUAUAAGACAAACGAGAAUAAAGUUCCCGGUUGUCUCUCCACAGUUCACGUCGUCGGCGACUGUGAUAACGAAAAAAUAUUUUUCAAGGGAGAUUCUGACGCACAGUUAACCAAGGGUUUAUUAGCACUGCUCAUCAAAGGCUUGAACGGUUGUACGGUUGAGGAAAUCGAAAGAAUUAGUCCAGAGUUUGUAACGGUGGCAGGUUUGAGUGUCAGCUUGACUCCAGGAAGAAACAACGGUUUUUUAAACAUGUUACAGACAAUGAAGAACAAGGCCAAGGAGGCAGCUUCAAAGCUUAAUGGGGUUUCCAGAGAAGGGCGUAACUAUUCUGAUAGAGUUCCAAAAACACAGGCUUCACCUUCAACAGCUGAAACAGCAAGUGGACCUAUCUAUUCUGCUAUUGUAGAAAAACUUCAAAAGUUGAAGCCUAGCCGACUGGAAGUUCACGAUGACUCGUUCCAGCACGCAGGGCAUGUUGGUGCGAAAGGGCUUAGAAGUUCAGAGACACACUUUUCUGUUUACGUCGUGUCGGACGCGUUUGUUGGUUUAUCACUUGUGAAGAGACAUCAGCUUGUUUAUACUUUGCUUGGACAAGAGCUCAAGGAAGGUUUGCAUGCGUUGCGCAUUCAAGCGAAGACUCCUUCAGAAGUUUCAGAUGAGUAAAAGAACUUUGGAAGACAACAUAUGUUUUCUCUGUGAUGAGAAGGAUAAAAUAAUUUGAGCAUUAACAUGGUUCUUAUUACCUGAGAUGUUCUGUGGAACUUGUUAGUCAUGAAUAUAGAUUAUUUGAAUGGCUUCCUAUAAAGAUAAAAGUUUCUGUAUUCCUUUACACUCAUAGUAGCAAUGAAUAUCUAUGCAAAUGA